CUACCAGACAGCCGCUCCCUUCCUCGAGCAAGCACCGCAUCCCUUGCCCUUAGCUGCCCCUGCUCUCACCCCACCCACCAGCCGCCCAGCAUUCCCUCCUCGCUGCUCCAGAGCGCCGCCGCCGCCAUGGGCUUCAACGCCGACACCGAGGCAAAGACGUUCGAGGCCGAGGUCGAGGCCGUCAAGCAGUGGUGGAAGUCGCCGCGCUUCGCCCGCACCAAGCGCCCCUACACGGCCGAGCAGGUCGUCUCGAAGCGCGGCACGCUGCCCAUCGCCUACCCGAGCAAUGAGCAGGGCAAGAAGCUCUGGAAGCUGCUCGAGGCGCACGCCGCCGCCGGCACGCCGAGCCACACCUACGGCGCCCUCGACCCCGUGCAGAUCACGCAGAUGGCAAAGUACCUCGAGACCGUCUACGUCAGCGGCUGGCAGAGCAGCAGCACGGCCAGCAGCACCAACGAGCCCGGCCCGGACCUUGCCGACUACCCCUACAACACCGUGCCGCUCAAGGUCGAGCACCUCUUCAUGGCGCAGCUCUUCCACGACCGCAAGCAGCGCGAGGCACGCACGGGCAUGGCGCCGGCGCAGCGCGCCAAGACGCCGUACAUCGACUACCUGCGGCCCAUCGUCGCCGACGCCGACACGGGCCACGGCGGCCUGACGGCAGUGAUGAAGCUCACCAAGCUCUUCGUCGAGAAGGGCGCGGCGGGCAUCCACAUUGAGGACCAGGCGCCGGGCACCAAGAAGUGCGGCCACAUGGCGGGCAAGGUGCUGGUGCCCAUCUCGGAGCACAUCAACCGCCUUAUCGCCAUCCGCCUGCAGUACGACAUCAUGGGCGUCGAGAACCUCGUCGUGGCGCGCACCGACUCGGAGGCGGCCACGCUGCUCACCACCAACGUCGACGAGCGCGACCACGCCUUUAUCCUCGGCACGACCAACUCGAGCCUGCAGCCGCUCGUCGACGUCAUGAACGCGGCCGAGGCCGAGGGCAAGUCUGGCGAUGCGCUGCAGGCCGUCGAGGAUGCCUGGACCAAGGCGGCCAACCUGAAGCUCUUCACCACGGCCGUCGCCGAGGAGCUGCGCAACCGCGGCGGCGCGCAGGCCGCCAAGGCCGACGCCUUCCUCGCCGAGGCGGCCAACAAGUCGAACAAGGCGGCGCGCCAGAUUGCCACCAAGUACGGCAUCGACGGCUCGACGUUCUUCUGGGACUGGGACGGCCCGCGCACGCGCGAGGGCUACUACCAGUACCAGGGCGGCACCCAGUGCGCCGUCAACCGCGCCAUUGCCUUUGCGCCGCACACGGACCUCAUCUGGAUGGAGACCAAGUCGCCCAUCCUGGCGCAGGCAAAGGAGUUUGCCGAGGGCGUGCGCGCCGCCGUGCCCGGCCAGUGGCUCGCCUACAACCUCUCGCCCUCGUUCAACUGGGACGCGGCCAAGCUGUCGACCGAGGCGAUGAAGAGCUACGUCUGGGACCUCGGCAAGCUGGGCUUCGUCUGGCAGUUCAUCACGCUGGCCGGCCUGCACUCCAACGCCUACAUCUCCGACCAGUUUGCGCGCGGCUUCAGCACCGAGGGCAUGAAGGCCUACGUCGAGCUCGUGCAGCGCAAGGAGCGCGAGAUUGGCUGCGACGUCCUCACGCACCAGAAGUGGUCGGGCGCAGAGUACGUCGACAACCUCCUCAAGACGGUCACCGGCGGCGUCACCUCGACGGCGGCCAUGAAGGGCUCGACGGAGGACCAGUUCAAGCACUGAGCGGUCUGCAGUCCAGCCUUCCGCCGCGCUUUCUCCCGUCUCAUUCCCUCCCUCUACCAUAUCUCGCCUCCUUUCCUCUCGCGUUACUACCCUUCUCCCGCCUCCUGACUCCGCUAG